AUGUGCGGGGCUUUGGGUUGGACUGCUUUGAAACUCGAUAUGGCCAAGGCGUAUGACCGGAUGGAAUGGGGCUUUUUGGAGGGGAUGUUAGUGGCGUUCGGUUUUGACCGGGCGUGGAUCUUACUACUCAUGAUGUGUGUUACAUCUGCUGGGGCCCGAGGUGAUAUCCAUGGGAUUAGGAUUACGAGGGCGGCCCCUUCGGUUUCGCAUCUCUUUUUCGCGAACGACAGCUUAAUGUUCUUUAGAGCCACUCAGUUUGAAGCACAAAGGGUGAAAGAUUGCUUAGAGAUUUACAGUGCCACAUCGGGACAGGUCAUAAAUUACGAGAAGUCUAGUGCCAUGUUCAGUUCGAACACCGAUCCAACUACAAGGGCCUUAGUGACAGAAUGUGUAGGGGUGCGUGAAACUACCGACUUUGGCCGUUAUUUGGGACUACCAUCAGCUCUGGGCCGCAAUAAGUCAGCUACUUUCCGUUUUAUUGAAUAG